AUGGGGGCCAUGUGUUGCAGAAGCCUGCUGAGAGGAACAUACUGGUACCAGAAAGACACACUCCGUCCUCCUCCAAUGUCCCUCCAGUGUGCUCCCCUGACAAAGCUUCACAUUGUGCCAUCUGGCAAAGGAGAAAUAUUUACAAGGUUCAGCUCCAUUGUUGCAAAGCAGGCAAUGAACGUACAUUUGGAGCAAAGGGGCAGUAAAUUGAUAACUGUCACAUUACCUAAACAGCCUGCUCCCCAAGCUUUCAGUAAAGAAGUCUGCCAAGCUACAGAUAUCAUCAUGUGUCCUGUGUGUGAUAAAUACUGUCCAUUUAUGAGGCUGUCAGACAGCUGCGUUUAUGCCAAGGUCACCCACCUUUUUGACAAUGGAGCCACUGUCUUCUUUGCUGUUUUCAUGGCCGUCUGGGCGACAGUUUUCCUGGAGUUUUGGAAAAGACGGCGAGCAGUGAUUGCUUAUGACUGGGAUUUGAUAGACUGGGAAGAAGAGGAGGAAGAAAUCCGGCCCCAGUUUGAAGCCAAGUAUUCCAAGAAAGAGCGGAUGAAUCCUAUUUCCGGAAAGCCAGAACCAUAUCAAGCAUUUGCAGAUAAAUGCAGCCGACUGAUCGUUUCUGCAUCUGGAAUAUUUUUUAUGAUCUGUGUGGUGAUCGCCGCCGUGUUUGGGAUCGUCAUUUAUCGGGUGGUGACCGUCAGCACUUUUGCUGCCUUCAAGUGGGCGUUAAUCAGGAAUAACUCUCAGGUUGCAACCACAGGCACUGCUGUGUGCAUCAACUUCUGUAUCAUCAUGCUGCUGAAUGUGCUCUAUGAAAAAGUUGCGCUUCUUCUGACAAAUUUAGAACAGCCUCGCACAGAGUCCGAAUGGGAGAACAGCUUCACCCUGAAAAUGUUUCUUUUUCAGUUUGUCAAUCUGAACAGCUCCACGUUUUACAUUGCAUUCUUCCUCGGAAGAUUUACAGGACACCCAGGUGCCUACUUGAGGCUGAUAAACAGGUGGAGACUAGAAGAGUGCCACCCUAGUGGAUGCCUUAUUGAUCUCUGUAUGCAAAUGGGUAUUAUAAUGGUGCUAAAGCAGACCUGGAAUAAUUUCAUGGAACUUGGCUACCCGUUAAUUCAGAACUGGUGGACGAGAAGAAAAGUGCGGCAAGAGCACGGGCCAGAAAGGAAAAUAAGACUCCCACAGUGGGAGAAGGACUACAACCUCCAGCCGAUGAAUGCCUACGGACUCUUUGACGAGUACUUAGAAAUGAUUCUUCAGUUUGGAUUCACAACUAUCUUUGUGGCAGCUUUUCCCCUAGCACCACUUCUGGCCUUACUGAAUAACAUAAUUGAAAUACGACUUGAUGCUUACAAAUUUGUCACACAGUGGAGGCGACCUUUAGCCUCAAGGGCCAAAGACAUAGGAAUUUGGUAUGGCAUCCUUGAAGGCAUUGGAAUUCUCUCUGUAAUCACAAAUGCGUUUGUCAUAGCGAUAACAUCUGACUUCAUCCCUCGCUUGGUGUACGCUUAUAAGUACGGACCUUGUGCAGGCCAAGGAGAAGCUGGGCAAAAGUGCAUGGUUGGCUAUGUAAAUGCCAGCUUGUCUGUGUUUCGAAUUUCUGACUUUGAGAAUCGUUCUGAGCCUGAGUCUGAUGGCAGUGAGUUCUCGGGGACUCCUCUCAAGUACUGCAGAUACCGAGACUACCGUGACCCUCCUCACUCACUGGUGCCCUACGGCUACACGCUGCAGUUCUGGCAUGUCCUAGCAGCUCGACUGGCUUUUAUCAUUGUGUUUGAGCACCUCGUGUUUUGUAUAAAGCACCUCAUUUCAUAUCUGAUCCCAGACCUCCCAAAAGAUCUCAGAGAUCGAAUGAGAAGAGAAAAGUACUUGAUUCAGGAGAUGAUGUAUGAAGCAGAGCUAGAGCGUCUCCAGAAGGAACGGAAGGAGAGGAAGAAAAAUGGAAAAGCUCACCACAAUGAGUGGCCGUGACCAGGCAGUAGUUCAUUUCCAGGCCAAGGACUUGAAUUCUGUUUACUUCUGGCUGUGCAAAAGCACAUUCAAGUGAAUGACUAAAAUGCAACCGCAGUGCAUGUCGCAGACAUUGCAGCAGCAGGGGAGACGGCACUCUUCCACAGCUGCCCGAGAAAUCACGUUGCAGUCCGGCACAAAUUGCUAUCUAUCCAUAGACCAUUCUUGACCAAGCAAGCAUGCACGUCAUGGGCAGUUACAAUCUCAAGUUUUUAAAACCAAGGGGAACUUGUAUACGGGGCCUGUUUUUCAGCCUGUUUGCUACCUUUUUUGCAUUCUACCCCAUGUGAAUUUUACAGACACUGGGCUAAUAAAAAGGGUAUUCGGACACCUGGACACACAUUCCUAGAAUGUCUUCAUAUGGUCCUAAUUCCAUGUCACCAAACAACACAAACAAGACCCUGUUUACAGCCUUUUCUUUCUUUUUUUUUUUAAUUUCAGAUCUUUCUGAGGAAAUUAUUAUAUAUGACAUAUCUAUAGCUAUGUGUAUGGCCAUAGAUGUAUUUCUGUGUGUA